ACCACAACGAGCAACACCGGCGAACGGCGCGGCAUUCGCUGACAGACGUGCGCCGAUGAAGCAGUAACAAAUUACUAGUCCCUGGACACACAAAUAUAUAUAUAUAUAUCUAUAUAGACACAUCAGAACAGAUCCCAAAAGGCAUUCAUAUAUUAAUUAACUAUAUACCAAGGCCAAACCGUUGAGAAAUAAAACCAAAGAAUGGGAGGCUGUUGCUCAAAGGAUUUGGACGAUAAGCGCUCCUGGAGUCCCGAGGAGACCAAAAAUGGCAGCACUACAUCUACUAUCAUUGCCCAGCCGCUGGAUGAUGUGGGCUCCACCGGUGUCUUCACAUUAACACGCACUACCACCAACACCACGCGGCAGGAGAAGACGGUGACCACCACCAAUGACGAACAGGAGGAUUAACAGGAGUAUUAACUCCUUCUAAUAAUUUUAUAGAGACCAUACAUUUUUUUUUUUUUUACACUUUUCAAUGCCAUGUGAGUGUGUGUGUGUGAGUUUGCUGUGAGAGUGUGUGUGAAUACUGAAAUGUACAUACGGACAAUGUGAAUAUGAAUAUGUUAAUGAAACAAGUUAAGCUGUUAACGAGUAAUUAAUAAUUGUUAUGCGCCAGAAUUCCAAUUUCCCAAUAAAUUGUUGAAUCACUAAAAAAAAAAAAAAAA